UGCGCAGCAUCUCACUGCUGAUGGCGCUGUAAACAAACACAGAGCCCAGCAAAUCACAGAUUCGCGUUGUAUAUGUGGAUGAGCGCGAGAGACUAUUCACGUCCACAGCUUCAUAUGCAAUCAUAUAAACAAAAGACACACGAGGACCGCUCGUCGGAGGUGCAAUGGCAAGGAAAAGUGCAAUUCCCCCUUCAUACUAUGGGGAGCCACACAAAUUUGACCCCACAUUCAGAGGACCAGUUCGCCAUAGGGGCUGCACAGAUGUGCUCUGCUGUGUGAUCUUUGUCAUCAUCAUCCUCGGUUACAUCGUUCUGGGAACAGUGGCUUGGAUGCAUGGGGAUCCCCGGAAAGUUGUCUACCCGACAGAUAGCCAUGGGCAGUUCUGUGGACAGCAGGGUACUCCUAAUGCAAAAAAAGCCAUAUUAUUUUACUUCAAUAUUCUGCAAUGUGCCAAUCCUACAGUCCUCAUCAACCUUCAGUGCCCUACAACUCAGCUGUGUGUAUCCAAGUGCCCAGACAGAUUUGCCACUUACAUCGACAUGCAACUCCACUACAGACGCAAUAAAAGCUACUGGGAAUACUACAAGCAAUUCUGCAAGCCGGACUUCAAAAAUCCUGAUAAGGCAUUUUCUCAGGUCCUUCGGGAUGAAGAUUGUCCCUCAAUGAUUGUGCCAAGCAGACCAUUUCUCCAGAGGUGCUUUCCUGAUUUCAUCACUAGAAAUGGGACAUUAACCGUUGCCAACCAAACAAGCUUCAAAGAUGGACACGGUGAAAUCAGAAGUGUCGUGGAUCUGAGAGAUGCAGCAAACAAAGUUACAGCUAUGCAGCAAGGAACAAAAAGUGGCAUCACCAGUCUUUUGGAUGCAAAGGAAGUGGGCAUUAAGAUCUUUGAGGAUUACGCCAGCUCAUGGUUUUGGAUCCUAAUUGGUCUGGUGAUUAGUAUGCUGGUCAGUCUGAUCUUCAUUUUGCUGCUGAGGUUCACUGCAGGCGUUCUCUUCUGGAUGGUCAUCUUCGGGGUCAUCGCAGCUGUGGGCUAUGGAAUAUGGCAUUGUUACUGGGAGUACAGUUCACUCCAGGGGAAGCCAGACUCUGACAUCACCAUCUCAGACAUUGGAUUCCAGACUGACUUCCGGGUUUAUUUGCAGCUGAGACAGACCUGGUUUAUAUUCAUGAUCUCCUUGGCCGUCAUUGAAGCUAUCGUCAUCUUAGUGCUGAUAUUCCUGCGGAACAGAGUUCGUAUUGCCAUCGCUCUGCUAAAGGAGGGCAGCAAGGCGAUUGGCUGCAUCAUGACAACACUUUUCUAUCCCAUCAUCACCUUCCUGCUUCUGGCUCUCUGUAUUGCAUACUGGGCUGUUACAGCUGUAUUCCUGGCAUCAUCUGGUGAUGCAGUAUAUAAAGUAAUGUCAACGCUACCCAACUGCAAGUAUACCAACCUCACCUGUGACCCAGAGACCUUCAGUCAGUCCAAUGUCACUACACUGUGUCCGGGCUCCCAGUGCACCUUUGCUUUUUACGGCGGGGAGAGUUUGUACCACCGUUAUAUCUUUGUUCUUCAGCUCUGCAAUUUGCUGGUCUUCCUCUGGCUGGUGAAUUUCACCAUCGCUCUUGGUCAGUGCACCCUCGCCGGGGCUUUUGCCUCGUAUUACUGGGCCUUGAGGAAGCCGGCAGACAUCCCAGCUUACCCGCUGGGUUCAUCAUUUGGCAGGGCUUUAAGGUAUCACACAGGCUCUCUUGCGUUUGGAGCUUUGAUUCUGUCCAUUGUACAGUUUAUCCGGAUUAUUCUUGAGUAUCUCGACCACAAACUGAAAGGUGCUCAUAAUGCAUGUACCCGCUUCCUGCUGUGCUGCCUAAAAUGCUGUUUCUGGUGCCUAGAGCACUUCAUCAGGUUUAUGAACAGGAAUGCUUACAUUAUGAUUUCAAUAUAUGGGAAGAAUUUCUGUGCCUCAGCGCGAGACGCUUUCUUCCUGUUAAUGAGGAACGUUAUGAGAGUUGCUGUUCUGGACAAGGUGACUGACUUCCUGCUGUUCUUAGGGAAACUGCUGAUCUCAGGGAGCGUGGGUGUCCUUGCCUUCUUUUUCUUCACCCGCCAAAUACCAGUAAUCCAGGAAGAGGUGCCAUCCUUAAAUUAUUAUUGGGUCCCUCUACUGACUGUGAUAUUUGGAUCCUAUAUGAUUGCACAUGGGUUCUUUAACGUCUAUGCCAUGUGUGUAGAUACAUUGUUCCUCUGCUUCUUGCUUGAUCUGGAGAAGAAUGACGGCUCAGUGUCCCGUCCGUAUUACAUGGCCAGCAGCCUGCGUGACAUCCUAAACAAGAGGAACCGCAAGAGACCAGAUGAGAAAAAGAAAGGCAGAAAACAGAAGAAGUAACAACCAAACAAACGACACUGACAAGUUAAAAACAGAUUCUUGUUAUUCUGUUUCCUGAUCAUUAACAUCGGUGAGACUUCCAAAAUGACUGAUUUAAGCAAAACUGAUCUGCAGCUUUCUGUUUAUUAUGCAGGUAAAUAUAAUUGACAGUAAGCAACUAAAUUAAUUGAGGUUAUUUCCUCUUUAUGGAUGUGUGGAAAUGUCUUACUUUUGUAUGGCUUUUUAUAGAUUUUAGUCUUUUUUUUUUUUUUUUUUUACUGAUUCUUGUCUUUUAUAUGACCAUUGCAUUCUGUUAACACCCAUUUGGGGUGAAACUGCCACUUCUCUCAUAUUGAGAACAUGACCGGUAACAUUUAUUCGUUUUUCACUAAAUGAAUUUGUCUCAACUUUUCUAAGUUGCUGUUUGUAAUUGCACUUCAGCUUGACAGCUCUUUUAACUUCAACUGCAUGUUGAUAUGAACCAUUUUCUGUUGUGCAGAGCUUAUAACUCUAUUUAUUCUUUCAUUACUGCUCUUAUUCAUCCAUCCAGCUGCAUUUCUCAUCAGGCCAGUUGCUCUCUAGCACUCCUUCAGAGUUUGAUUUCUUUGUGUCCAUUCACACUUCAUUUUUGCCAAGGAUGGACUUGAAUUUAUCUUAAUAACACCUUGAUAUGAAUAUGUCUACAGAGUAGUGGUAGUUAUUUUAUCUGAACUAAUUUCGAUUCAUAUUUUGAUGGUUAUGUCAUUGGCAUCAAUUUGAAGUAUUCGGUUGUUGUUGUAAUUAUUUUUAUAAAAAUGUGCCUUUAUUAUUUACUUUUUCUUUUAUUACGUAUUAAGAGUGUAUUUCCAUUUUUGUGUUGUUUUAUGUUAAGAACACUUGAAUGUGAACCUUGAUACAGUGAGUGCAUGUGCUGGAUUGUUAUUCAGUAUUCAUAAUUCAUCUAAAUUGUAUUUUGAGUUUAACACCGGUCUAAACAUCGGCAUGUAACAGUGUGGUAAACAUUUGUAUUAUUUUUGUAAACAUAUAUUGUGCUAUUUUGCAAAGCUUAAUAACACUAUGAUGUAAUCUAAGUGCAUGCAAGGAUAAAUUCGGAAAUAAAAUAUUUCUUAUA